AUGCACGGAGAGUCUGAUCAAGAACAGCAAGUCCAGGACGCUUCCCAGAGAAAAUACAUCAACAGAAUUGUUGAAAGCGCCAGCUCAUUAUACGACAAAACAAAAUCCAAAUUCCCGAUGCUCGAGCAAGGAAUUGAUAUGGUUUCUCCCAUUAUUUCGCCUUUUAGUUCCAGGGUUGCUGAAUACGGCUCACCGCUCAUCGAAAAAAUCGAUUACACAGUUGACUCACUGAUAAACCUCACCCAAGAAGCCCUUGAAAAAAAAUCCUUGCCCGAUGGGUGGCUUAAAAAAGCAAAACAAAUGGCCGAGUCCACAAGCGUUUUGAUACUGGCAGGGGCUGAUGAACUUUACUUGUGGAGCUCAACUGUGUUUGAGAAAUAUCAUAUUGAACAAAUUUAUAGAGUCCCGAUUGACGCAAGCACCAAGGCUUUAAAUUCCAUAUGGCAUUUUCAAAGAGAAAUGGGGCUGAGAAUUGUGGACUUUUUGGAUAAUCAAAGAGAAUAUAUAGCAAAUACAAAAGUUUAUGGGAAAAUUGACCAGGCAUUAGGGAUACAUGAUAAGCUGGAGGCAAUUGUAGAUUUCUAUGACGAGAUAAAAGAAAUGAAGAAGGAAGAUAUUUUGGAAAAGCAGUGGCCACAGGAUAUCAGGAAUUUGUUUGAUAAAAUGCUGAAUACUGUUGGAGGAGAGUCAAUUACCGUAUAUUUGGAUGAUAAGGUGUGGAAGAAAUUGGAUUAUGACCAAGAUGGAGUCGUGACUGUUAAAGAUUUAGUUGACCUUGGAAAUCCAAAAUCUUUGAUUGAAUGGAGCAAGCAAGCUUUCGGAUCAGUCAAAAUCCCUUACCAAAUCAAUGGCGAGAUAAAAGAAGAGGCUUAA